AUCCCGGCGGGAUGAACAUGGUAAAGAGCCCGAAGCCGCUGGAGCAGCGGCUGGCGGGGAUGGUGGCUGUCCGGGAGACGUCUCCAGCCUGGUCUGCGCUGGGAGAGGAGGGGCCGGCAACCAUGAAAAAGGACAAGAGCCAUGGGCAGGAUGAGGCAGACUGUAGGGCAAAGCUGAUCCUCAUCAACAGGGACAAUGCACCUGGUGUUGUCCUGGAGGCGAAUGGGAAGCCCAGCACUCCAGAUUCCAGGGGCCUGGGGCUGCUGCCCCUGAAGAAGGAGAAGAACAGCAAUGGAGACCUCUCCAAGGAGGACCUGGCCUGGCCACUCGAUCUGCCGGUGCAGAGGGUGCAACCCUGGGGCAGGGCUGGGUGGGAGAACAGCCUCAGGCAGAAGCCUCAGGCAGAAGCCCACCCUGUCCUCCCGUUGCAGGCAGGGCGGACCCGGCAGGAGAUGCGGCUCAAGGACCCAGCACGCAGUGUGGAGCCUCUCAGGGACCUGCCAACUCCCGUGCGGAGCUCCAGGCGUCGCUCCGCUGUGCCCACGCCCAUGACCAUCGACCUGACAGAGGAGGACUCCCAGGACUCAUCCCAGAGCAGCAGCACACUCUCGGGUAGCAGCUCCCAGGAGGGGCAGAAUGGCUCUGCUGAGCUGGGGGCCGAGGAGGCAGAGAGCAGAGACAUGGGCAUGGCGCUGGAAUACCAGGAUGGGAAGGAAUUUGGAAUUGGGGAGCUUGUCUGGGGAAAGAUCAAAGGUUUUUCCUGGUGGCCUGCGAUCGUCGUCUCCCACAGAGCCACGGCCAAGCGCCAGGCGGUCUCGGGCAUGCGGUGGGUGCAGUGGUUUGGAGACGGGAAGUUCUCCGAGGUUUCUGCAGACAAACUGGUGGGACUGAUGGCCUUCAGGCAGCAUUUCAAUUCCUCCACGUUCAACAAGCUGGUGUCCUACCGCCGUGCCAUUUACCACGCUCUGGAGGUGGCCCGGAGCCGGUCGGGGAAGACGUUUACAACUGGCCCCAGGGAGUCACUGGAGGAGCAGCUGAAGCCCAUGAUCGACUGGGCAAUCACUGGCUUCAAACCCCUGGGGCUCAAGGGACUGCGGCCACCCAAAGGCUCAGAGAAUGGGGUGCUGAGGAAUGGGACAGAGGAGGUGGUGUCCCUUGAACAGUGUCCCCCCACCAAGAGGCUGAAGACCUACCCCUGCAACAGCAGCAAGGAGCAGCGUGUGGAAGAGGACCAGACCCGAGAGCAAAUGGUUUCUGAAGUUACGAACAACAGCGGAAAGCUGGAAGAGAGCUGUUUGUCCUGCGGGAGGAGGAACCCGGCCACCUUCCACCCUCUGUUCAAGGGGGGCCUCUGCCAGACAUGCAGGGAUAGAUUCCUGGAGUACUUCUACAUGUAUGAUGAAGAUGGGUACCAGUCCUACUGCACCGUCUGCUGCGCUGGCAAGGAGCUGCUGCUCUGCAGCAAUGCCAGCUGCUGCAGGUGCUUCUGUGUGGAGUGUCUGGACGUGCUGGUGGGGCGAGGGACGUCAUCCAGAGUAAAAGAGCAGGAGCCCUGGAACUGCUACAUGUGCCAGCCCCAGCAGAGCCGCGGCGUGCUGCAGCGCCGGCAGGACUGGAACACUCGCCUGCAGGACUUCUUCACCAGUGACAAGGGACAGGAAUAUGCUGCACCCAAAAUCUACCCAACAGUUCCUCCAGCGAAGAGGAGACCAAUUCGAGUGCUCUCGUUGUUCGAUGGGGUGACAACAGGGUACACGGUGCUGAAGGACUUGGGCAUCCAAGUGGAGAAGUACAUUGCCUCAGAGAUCUGUGAGAAGCCCAUCGCCACGGGCAAAGUGCGGCCUGAGGGCAACAUCACCUACGUGCACGAUGUCAGGAACAUAACCAAGAGAAAUAUUGAGGAGUGGGGUCCUUUUGACCUGGUGAUCGGUGGAAGCCCCUGCGACGACGUCUCCCUUGUCAAUCCAACCAGGAAGGCGCUGUUUGGUAAGGCUGCUUUGCCUCUGCUGGGCUGCGUACCUUGGGAUGUUCCUGGGCGUGGAGCCACUUCAUGGCCAGGCCCCCCAGCCCGUGCCCCAGCUGGUCCCAACCUGCUGCUCGGCUUUUUCCCCGCAGAAGGAACCGGGCGGCUGUUCUUCGAGUUCUACCACCUGCUCAACUACGCUCGUCCCAAGGCGGGCGAGGAGCGGCCCUUCUUCUGGAUGUUUGAGAACGUGGUGGCCAUGAGGAUCAAUGACAAGAGGGACAUUUCCCGGUUUCUGGAGUGUAACCCAGUUAUGAUUGAUGCAAUCAAGAUAUCAGCUGCCCACCGAGCUCGUUACUUCUGGGGUAACCUCCCUGGGAUGGACAGGAUCUUUGGCUUCCCCCUGCCCUACACGGAUGUCUCCAACAUCAGCCGCGGGACUCGCCAGAAGCUGCUGGGGGGAUCGUGGAGCGUCCCUGUCAUCCGACACCUCUUCUCCCCACUCAAGGAUUACUUUGCCUGUGAAUAG